CAGAUAGUAAGGUAGUGUUACCGCCUGGGCUCUUUCCUACCUCUUGGGAGGGUCAAGCUAAAGCUGUUUGCUACCAGGCAUCGUUUUUCUAGUAAGCAAGCAUCCCGCCCAUCUGGACCGGAACAGGCUGAGGGCUUGAGAAGCCGGAGCCAGGCUCCUACUGCCAGCAACUUAAGAUUCCACAUUUCCACGGGACAGAAGGUCCUGGGAAGUCAGAACCAGCCCCUCCCUGUUUAGCAUUGAAGAUUGACACACAAAAUAGGGAACGCCUGAGCAGCCUGCAGUGGAAAGUUGGAGUCGUGUUGUGUGACGGGCGGAUGCAGGAACAGAGAGCAGCUGGGGAAGAGGAAGACUGAGAGGACGUGGUGGGGUAUGGCUGGGACCAUGCAAUUCCUGGCUUGGCUAAUAUUAGCCAUUUGCCUUCUCCCCGGGGUGACUACAACCCAGCACCAUCCAGGGCAGCCCAUGGACAGUGCCAGCGUGGGAGGUGGCCUGCAGGAGCCAGAGGCCCCGGAAGUGAUGUUUGAGCUACUCUGGGCUGGGCUGGAGCUGGAUGUCAUGGGGCAGCUGCACAUCCAGGAUGAGGAACUUGCAUCCACACGCCCAGGCCGCCGACUCAGGCUCCUCCUGCAGCACCACGUGCCCAGUGACUUGGAGGGUGCUAAGCAGCGGCUGCGGCAGUUCCAGGAUCUGCGGAAAGGGCCUCCUCUUAGCCCUUGGGACUUUGAACAUCUGCUUCUUACAGGCUUGUCCUGUGUCUACCGGCUCCAUGAGGCUAGUGAGGCUGAGGAGAGGGGUCACUGGGCCCAGGUUUUCGCCCUGCUAGCACAGGAAACACUCUGGGACCUGUGCAAGGGCUUCUGCCCCCAGGGGAAGCCCCCAUCUUUGGGGCCCUGGGCCUUGAUCCUUGACCUCUUUCCCUGACCCUCCCCUUUCACCUACCAACCCACCACUGCCCCCCAACCCAUGGCCCAAGCCAGACCCAUCCUGGGCAGUGGCUUCCAUCUGGCACGUGGUCCUUCCUACUGUGUCCAGGUCUCUGGGCUUGGAUUGUACCCUGGAACCCAGUUUACCCCUUCCCCAUUUUCUUCCCUGAGCCCUGGGAGGGUAAAAACCUGGGUCUCAGGCAUCAGGCACAGAGCUAAAAGCAGGACUUGCAGGUGUGUGUUGGGGGUCGGGGUUGAGAAGUAUGUUCAAGAGAUGCUGAAAAGAAAGCCGCCCCAAGGAAGGCCAAGUCAGAUGCUCCAACUCCUACCCUGUCAGUCUGGGACAAGUCUUGCAGAAUCUAUGGGGACCCUGUGAAUGCGCACCACCCAGUCCUAACUUACAUACCCCUUUUAAAUCCUAACCAGUGUUCUGGAGUCCCUGUGCCCCAUGCUCCCCGUCUAGACUAGAACAGACUGGACAUUUUUAGUUUGGUCUGUUGGAGGAGUGGAGGUAAGCAGGUGGAAGCACAUUACCUUUCCUUGGGGGGGGGCGAGGGGUGGAGGGGUGGAGGUGUGCGCUGGAGGGGGUGGGGGUGCAGGUGUUUUGGUCCAUUUCAACAAGGCUCAGAUGAACACCUCGGAGGGGGAAGAGAGGCUGCGAGGGGACUGACUGAGACAAGCUGAACCUGGCUGACGUAGUCCUGAUUCUGUGUAACUGUCCCAUAAAAUGUUCUGUUCUGGCCUGCAGCCUGUGUCUUUUUAUG